GGGGGGGUACCGUCAUGGUCCCUGUGCCUCACCAGCUGAUCCUGUAUUAGGCAACAUGUGUUUUGUUGUUUUUUUGCUCUCCCUCUCUCUCCCUCUCUCUCUCUCUCUCACCUGCCGGGGCGGUGCUCAUUAUGGGCUCUCACCCCUGGCCCACGCACCUGCCAUCUCCACACCUGCUGCCUAUCUGGGUGAUCGCAAGGCCUAUUUAAGACGGCAGCACUGUGUUACUCGUCGUUGGAUCGUUGAGCUAUCAGCGUCAGUCACUCUGCCGUUAGACGAAGGUGGGAGAGCUGCUUCCAAACAUCUCUUCUCCCAAGAUUCACUUGCAGUAUGCAAAGGCCAAGGAGGUGGAGGGCAAUGUGCGCACAGAUACAAGGAUGCGGCACGAGCCUACGAGAGCACGAAGGACUGGGACAAUGUGAUCCGCGUGCUGCUGGACCACCUGAACAGACCAGAAGAAGGUGUUUGCAUCGCCAGAGAGAUGCAGAGCAUCGAUGGAGCAAAGAUGGUUGCCAGGUUCUUUCUGCGGUCUAACGACUAUGGCUCAGCCAUCCACUCCCUUUUUUUAUUCCAUUGCAACGACGAAGCCUUCCAUCUGGCGCAGCAGCACGGACAGAUGGAGGUCUACGCAGACAUCAUCGGCUCUGAGGCGACACAGGAAGACUAUCAGAGCAUCGCUCUGUACUUUGAGGGAGAGAAGAAACACCUGCAGGCUGGCAAGUUCUUUCAGAAGUGUGGACAGUACAGCAGAGCGCUGAAGCUGUCAUGGUCCGCGACCCGGUGUCCGAGGAGCUGAUGGGAUGCCCACGCUCACGGGUGUGGCUGUCAACUCCACACCUGCAUCCCAUUCCAGGCAAUCAUCAGGUGGACUAUUUAACCCCGCUCAGCCAGCUGCUCCACGCCAGUCCGUUAGUCACCUUUCAGCGGUAACUGUUCGGCGUGUUUUGAGCCUUCACCUGCCUGUCCUCCUGCCCGCCUGGAGUUCGGAUCACCACCAGUCAUCAUCUCCCCUGUUUCCCUGGAGCUCUCCCGCGGACCCUCAGCCCUCCCUCCAGUUUCCACGUCCCUGAUCCCUCCCACGGUCCUGAUUAUGGUGUUCCCGAGUUGCUUAUCUCCCGGUCCCUUGGUUUCGGCGUGUUUUCCUUUGACCCUUCCGGGA